UUCAGAGCAACGCUUCAGUUCAUUGUCAUUCUAAGCGCAAGCUGUGGAGAUACUUUGAACACUGACUGAAAUCUUUUCUGAUCGAAAGUCAACAAUGAAAAACAAAAACCUUCCAGUGCAGGAGACGGUGAAACCCCGGGCCAGUAACCAGCAGGUUGGUGGUGCACAGCGGAAGCUGAGCAUCUCACCUCAGGCGGCUGGUUCGGGGUCAACCGACCCGCACGAGGCUUGUCCUCAAACACAACACCCUGUGAGCUCAACAGUGACGUCAGUCUUCACAGACCGACAGUCAAAAAUGAGCACCACCGUGGAUCAGGUGCAGGAGACAGUGGAGCCCUCGUCCAGCAGCCAGCAGGUUGGUGGUGUACAGCGAAGGUUGUACAUCUCACCUCAGGCGGCUGGUUCGGGGACCACCGAUCCGCACGAGGCUUGUCCUCAAAUAAACCACCCUGUGAGCUCAACAGUGACCGAAGUCUUCACAGACCGAUGGUUUGAAAUGAGCACCAUAAGCACCAUGUUCGAUCUGGUGCAGGAGGCGGAGGAGCCCAUGACCAGCAGCCAGCAGGUUGGCGGUGCACAGCUCAGGUUGAGCAUCUCACCGCAGGCAGCUGGUUCGGGGAGCCCGCACGAGGCUUGUCCUCAAACUCAUGCUGUGAGCUCAACAGCGACCAAAGGCUUUACAGGCCCACAGUCAAAAAUGAGCACAAUUGAUUCAGAGAUAGUGAAAGAUGUAAGAGUGAAUGAGAUUGUGAAUGAAGUGGAGAAAAGCUUAACAGAUAAGCAUACAAGUAAAAGGAAGGAGGAAGGCUGUAAAGCAUUUUUCCAGAGAAAAUUGCGUGCAGUGAAAAGUGCUUUCAAGUGCUGCAGAGGCAACAAAGUGGAGCCUCUUAAUGUCCAGUUGAAUGCCUCACUGGAUGAUAAGCGAGCAGAUAACGUGCCGGGUCUUGAUGAUACCGGUCUAAAUGAUCACCAAACUGAUGCCAGAGAUCUAGCUGCUCAUGAGCCCAAUGCCAUACGGGCUCAACUUCUUGUCAAACGAGGCAACAAAGCCGAGCCUCUGACACCCCAGCUGAAUGCCCAGCUGAAAAAACCCAAAAAGCGAGCAGAUGCCCAUCCCGGUCCAUCCGGCUUUGGGAUAACGGAUCACAAAGAUGCCAAAGAUCCAGCUGCUCAGACGUUAAGUCCAUCGGCUUUCCGGGCAGUCCCAGGCCCGUGUGAUGCAGCCGGCCUUAUGCUGGCUAAGCCCGAGUCAUCUGACCAAAAGUGGGCUGAAUUUGUUUCAGAGUUAAGGCUUGCUGAAGCCCUAUCUACUCUGGAGGCCGUGACUAAAACUAGUUCGGUCGAAACGGAUACGGUCAAAUCAGCCGUACAUGAGCCCUCACCCCUGCCAGGACCAUCUCAACUGGGACAAAUACCUGACACAUAUUUGGUCGAUCCCAAUCCAGCAAAGGAUAAAUACUCAUCCUUAUAUAAACUGGGAAAGAGGCUGGGAGAGGGAUAUUACGGCACAGUGUAUAAGGGCACGCGCAAAUCUGAUGGUCAGAAAGUUGCCAUCAAAUUUGUUAAAAAGCUGCCGAGCGAUGAGUACAUUGACAUUCCCGGACAUCCUGAGCCCCUUGAAACAGAGGUUGCGCUCAAUGUUCUGCUGUCAAAGACUUCAAGGAGUCCGUACGUUUUGCCAAUGUACCAGUGGUUUGAUGAGCCUAAAAGACGGAUACUUGUUUUGAAAUAUCCAAACCCCUGCGAGUCUGUGAAUAAAUUCAUCAGUCGUCACAAAGGUCGCGUGAGUGAAGAGAUGGCACGUGACAUCAUCAUUCAAGCAGUGUAUGGAGCGAAACACUGUCUGGAGCGGGGAGUGUUUCAUCUUGACCUCACUUUGGACAACAUGUUGAUCAACAAAAAGACGCUAAAUCUACAAUUAAUAGACUUUGGAGUUGGACAGUACGUUGGCAAUGACGUGGACAUCGAUGAGAAGAUAGAGGAACACCUUCCAAAGGAGUUCUAUAGGAGACGCAGAUAUUUACUUGAAAAUACAACAGUCUUCUCCAUCGGUGCUAUGAUGUAUGAAAUACUACACGGACACCCACCCAAAAGGACGCGUGGAAAUGAUCUGAUUCUUAAACCCAGUUUAUCCAAAGAAUGCUGUGAUUUAUUAGCAAAGUGCUUGAAUUGCAACACACUUUCAAGACCACAUAUAAAGCAGAUCAUUGACCAUGAGUGGUUUAGGGGAACAGAACGACAGGAAGAGCUUCAGGAACCAGCAGAGAUGACUCCCAUGAAGAAGAACAUUUGGAAGAAACUGAACAAAUUUUUCACACAGACCAAAAAGGCUACGGAAAAACCACUGGUACCUGAGCCCUCCCCUGUGCCAGCUCCAUCUCAAAAGGAUAAAACUCCUGACACAUAUUUAUGUAACCCUAAACCAGCGAAGGGUAAAUUCACUUCCCGAUAUAAACUGGGAGAGAAGCUGGGAGAAGGAAGCUUUGGCACAGUAUUUGAGGGCAUUCGCAAAUCUGAUGGCAAGAAAGUUGCCAUCAAAAUUGUUAGUAAGAUACCAGUCAACAAAAUGAUUGAAGUUCCUGGUUAUCCUGAGCCCCUCGUUACAGAAAUUGGGCUCAAUGUUUUGCUGUCAAAGCAUCCAAGAUGUCCCUACGUUCUGCCAAUGUACCAGUGGUACGAUGAGCCCAAGAGACGCAUACUGGUGUUAGAACAUCCACACCCCUGCGAGACCCUAAGUAGUUUCAUGACGCGCAACGGGGGUCGUCUCACUGAAGCAGUGGCACGGGAUUUAAUAAUCCAAGCACUGCGUGGGGCGAAACACUGCCUUGAACGGGGUGUGUUUCACCAGGACAUCAAUUUGAACAACCUGUUGAUCAACACAGAGACACUGAGGCUAAAAUUAAUAGACUUUGGUGCUGGGCAACAUUUUGACACUAGUGUGGACAUCAACGAGUUGCUAGGCAAACCCUCACCGUUUGAGUUUUCAAAGAGGUGCCGAUAUCUGGCUGAAUUAACAACGGUGUGGGAUCUCGGCACCGUCCUGUAUGAAAUGUUGCAUGGAUACCACCCCAAUGAAGAGGGCUUUAAAAAGAAGUUUCAUCUCAGUUUAUCCAAAGAAUGCGUCGAUUUAUUAACUCAGUGCCUGAACCGCAACAGAAUGUUGAGACCGUCUGUACAGCAGGUUAUAGACCAUGAGUGGUUUAGGGGAAUAGAGCAGCAGGAAGAGCCUCAGGAGUCAGCAGCAGAGUUAAGUCCUGUGAAGAAAGAAAAAGGAAGACGAAGUGCUUUUAAUAACAAAUUGAGAAAAGUUUUCAGAAAGAAAGAACGAAAUUACAAUUUACAAUAAAAAUAUAUUAACCAAAACCUUUAAAGGUGUCACGAACUGCAUCUUUUUUUUUUAUUUUAUAAUGUUUUCUAAGGCAGGGGUCACCAACCUUUUUUACACCGUGAACCAGUUUAAGCUUUUAAAAAAAUCUGCGGAGUAGGGGUGGGGGUCGCUCAGUUGCUGUUCAAACAAAGUGCUGAAAAUCUUCUGCGCAAUGUAGAACGUUUAAAACGGAAGAUCAAAGAAAAAAGUGUUAAAAGUGUACCCAUUAAAAUAUGUAUACUGCAGUAAAACUGUUUAUUUUGACCAUGGUGCCACAAUCGUUGGAUAAUUCUGAAGUUGUUUUCCAGAAGCCUGCAAUUACUUUUUCGAGGUACAUUUGCAAAUGAUUCAUGAAGUCAUACAUCUGUCUAUAUUACGGUUUUAUCGGUUAUCGCGCCUGAACCAAAGUGAACUUCCAGUCUGUAUUUAUUUAUCGGUCUGGUUAGUGGCUAAACUGAUCUUUGAAACAAUUACCUUGCUGAAAAAUUUUAAGUUUUGGUUUGCUAAAGAUGAGGGGAGAGACGACGAGCAUGGAUCUCAAUGAAUGCGGAGAGGCAGCCAGGCAAGAAUUUAAAGACCUGUAUCUAACAUCGUACUAUAUACAUUCAUUUUACACAGUAACGUUUGCUCAG